ACCACUUCACCAACCCGCCUGCACAAUCACGAACUCGCAACCAAAAAAAGCAUGAGCGGGACAGACGACGGCCCCAACGGCGCAGCCGACACGAAAGAUCCCUCGGGUUUCCUGAGCGAAAUCAUCGGCGCGCCAGUGACGGUCAAACUGAACUCUGGCGUGGUAUACAAAGGCGAAUUGCAAUCCGUCGAUGGCUACAUGAACAUCGCGCUCGAGCAGACGAAGGAGUACGUGGAUGGCAAUCUGCGCCGGAAUUACGGGGACGCGUUUGUGAGGGGGAAUAACGUUAUGUAUAUCUCCGCCGACUCAUCAUGACGAGGGGUUCGGAAUGGGUGAGCGGUGCGGCGAACUAUUAGGGCCGCGCAUGGCGCGUGUUGAAAAGCGUCUAUGGGGAGUCUAAGUCUAUGAAAGAUGUCAUCUUGUGCCGAGGAGCUAUUGCCUCUCAACAUCGGCCAACUCAUCGCGACCUUCGGCGGGU